CAGCUCCGGGCCAGGCUGGAGCUGCACGGAGCAGCAGAGGCAUUCUUCCAAGGUAAUGAUUAAGCUAAGCGUCUGGCAAGGGCAUAGGCAGCAGAGCCAGGAAGGUGAGCCCUAUUCACACCUCAACCAGGCCGUGGUGGCCAAGACUGGUUUGGAAGGCAGGGCCCCAGGGCACGGGGGCCCAGAGCCGACAGCCACAGCCUCCCCCUGCACACGGGCAUCAAGGAGCAUCUCAGGCCGGAGUCUCUGCUGCCUGCCCUACUGGGACCCUGCCCUCAACCCUGGCACCAUGAAGCUGCAAAAGUUCUGGACUGGUCUGGAAUACACCUGCCGGCUCCUGGGCAUCACCACCGCUGCAGUGUUGAUCGGCGUGGGCACUGAGACCUUCCUCCAGGGGCAGUUCAAAAGCCUGGCUUUCUAUUUGCUGUUCAUAGGCGCUGCCGUCUCUGUGUGUGAAGGGGCGUACUUUGUGGCUCAACUGCUGGCCAUCUGCUUCCAGUGUCAACCAGAGUCCCUGGCCUACAGAGCAAGGGAGAAAGCCCGCUGGUUGGGCUGCUUCCAGAAGUUCCUGGCGUACAUGCUGCUGUCUGUGGCCUGCUUUCUCCAUCCCGUCCUGGUCUGGCACGUGACCAUCCCAGGCUCCAUGCUCAUCAUCACUGGCCUGGCCUACUUCCUGCUGAGCAAGCGGAAGAAGAGCAAGGCCUCCCCGGAGGUGCUGGCCUCCUCUGAGCAGUACACGGACCCCUCCAGCAGUGCCGUGAGCACCACCGGCUCUGGGGACACCGAGCAAACCUACACCUUCCACGGGGCCUUCAAGGAUGGGCCCGGCUCCCUCUUCGUCCACAUGAAGAGCAUCCUGAAGGGGGCCAAGAGACCCGGUGCCCUCCAGUGCCCAGACACCCUGACAGGGCUGACCUUGGAGCCAGCUGACUCUCUGGUCAAGAAGAAGCAAGUGCAUUUUGAGGACAGUACAGUCAGUAUCAUCCCGUCUCUCACUGAAGACCUGGAUGAUGGGGACAGCGAGCCGGAGGAGACCACCUCUGACACUACCCCUAUCAUCCCGCCCCCACAAGCCCCUAUCUUCCUUCCUUCUCUCGCAGACACCAGCCUGUUCUGAGUCGCUCCUUCCAGCCUGAGGGACACUCAGCAAGGGGUCUUCAGAGAUUGACGGCCCUGCCUGGAGUUUCCUAAUACCUGAGGAACUCCCAGGAGCUGGGGGUCGUCACCGGUCAGGGCUUCAUGGCGUGACCAGACUUCCCCACAGUAGUUAGGCUUCUGGGACCAUCAAGGGGCCUGGCAGAUCCUGCAGAUCCUUGAGGAAGGCGCAAAUGAAGCUCACGCUGCCUCAAACCAGCACAGGUUCCUCCUUCCUGGGCAUGGAGUGGGGAAAUCUUGGUGCUUUCCCUGAAAGAGACCAUCAGUCCCGCUUCACAUAAGGCUGCUUCGGCCCCGGAAGCCAGUGGGCUUCUCUUCUCCGGACACGAGGACCCAGCACUCAACAAGGACUCAUCAUCCAUCCCAUCUCUAUGCAACAACCUGGCUCUGAACAAGCCCAGGGGAGUGUUGGUUAUGAGCAGAUCCAAGGCAGGUGUUGGAGGUAGCCCUAGAUCCCAACCCCCAGGCGAGAUCGCUCCCGAGGUAGAGGGAAGACAAGGCUGCCAGCCCUCAGGAUGCGAGCAGCGGGAGCUGUGGGCCGCCUUCUCUGUGUGUCCUGGGGCUGGGUGCUGGGCAGCAGGAGAUACAGAGCCCUUCAGGAAACAAUGCCGCUCUGUGCUCCCUGCAGGGAAAGCCAAGUUCAUUCCAGAAGCAUCACUGAGGACUCCUGGCGUCCCCACCACAUGAACUUUCCCGAGAUUCCGAGCAGAUGACGUAAACCAAAAGGUCUUGGAUGGCGACAAGGAUUCAGCGGCGCCAGUCCCAGCACAGCACCCAGUGUCUACAGUGUGCGGGGAGGGGGGCGGGGGGUACUGGGGAGGCGGUGGUCCCCAGACACCAGUCACAGAGACACGGCCACACCGUGCUCAGCAGCCUGGUGGCAGAAUAGGUGAUAAAUAUACAUUUGUUUUAAAUGAAGGGAGGGAAGAGGAGGGAAAGGGGGGUGGAUAGGAGGGAAGUGGGCAGGCAGGUCAGUUUUGGGACACUGGGCGAGGGAAGUGACAGUUAACCUAUCAUGAACAAAGAAAUUUCAAUCAGAUAUCCUUCAGAGAUUUGCGAAAUGGUAUUUGUUUCUAAAAGGUGUCUUUUGGUUCAUGGGAUUGUCACAAGGAAGAGCAGACAUAUUAUUCAUAAAUAGUCUCAGUGAAUGGGUAAUCUGAAGAAACAGUUAUAUUGUUUCCGUGUGCGUGUGUGUGUGUGCACCAGGGUUCUGCAGAGCAGCCCUUAGAGCACAUGCUUGAAGGUCUAGAUAAAAAACAUGUGUUCAUACUUUUCAACAUCCCCUAGUAGUUCCUUCGCAAACGUGGGGGACUAAGGGCCAACCAGAUGAUCUUUCUGGUGCCUGAACCCAACAGGUUUCCCAAGUGAGCAGCUCUCUUCCCGCAGUAACCCAGUUCUCCUUUAAAACCAAGUUAGAACAAACAAGUAAAUAUGUUCUUGUGAGCCCUCGAGGACGGCUGCCACCAAGAGCUUCAGAAUCUGCCAGCCCACAGUCAGGGGAGACCGAAUCACAGAAUGUGGGCAUUAGGAGACAGGAAUGGCACCCAAUUCCUAAUGGGCCAGGUGUCCCAGGCAGGACCCUUGUGCACAAAAGGAGCCCCUGUGGAGAGGAGCCAGGGGUCCUGCACCUGUCACACCCAGAAGGGGAAAGUGAUGGGCACAGACAAACACACAACACAGGAUUGGCAGGCUUCUGGGCAACCCAACACUUCCGCUCUGUUCUCAGAACUCAAGCCACCCCAGUGGGGAUGAAUGACCAGGUCACAAGAAGCAAAUGCUGAAGUGUAUUAUCAGAGCUAUUUAAUAAACACUUCUGUAAACCCAGAGUAAAGCAUUGUUUGGGAUGGGUCUUAGCAGGGAGGCACAUGUUGGGAAUUCCAGGGGAUUUGAUGGGCCUACCCUCCUGAGACAUCUGGGCUUCCUGGUGUCCAUGAUCAGUGAAGCAAGAGUUUGUUGACUAGACAUCAGAAGCUCAACAAUUAUGAUCUUCCCUAACUUAGCGAAGGAAAGCUCUCCAGCACGCUAGUGCUUCCAACCACAGCAGCUGCAGCGAAGCUGGGAUGAGAUCCUUAGACAGCCUGGAGCCCUCAGCUCUGUCAGUAGACCAGACAAGAAAAGUGGCAUCCUCUGAUGAGCAGAUGAAUGCCACAAGUCACCUUUUGAUCCUCAGCCCAAGACACUUUGCAGUCACAUCCCUGUGCACUGUUAUCCCUAGAAAGACGUUGUUACCCUUAUCCCUGAUGAGAAACAAAGACCAGAAGGGCUGACCCUGUCCUCUCCUUUUCCCUUUCUCAGCAGAAAGUGGUUGUUCCACGUUGCAUAGAUGUGGAACAGAGCGACUGGAAGUAGAAACAGCCUUGGGCUGGAUCACUGGCUCUGCUCCUAACACGCUGAUUGACCUUGACCAACCUUCUUCACCCCUCUGGUCUCAGGUUCCCCUAUAAUGUGGGAAUAACAGCACUUCUCUCAGGACUGUCACAAUGACUCAACCAACAAGAAUGGGGAAAGAGCUGCCAAGAUUGCAAAUCACCCAGGUCAGUGUGAGUGCCUGUCCCCAUAGCUGUGGGGGCCCCAUGCUGUGUGUGACUGCACCGUGAGGAAGUCCCAGAGUAAGGAAACACUGAGGAAACACCACCAAAAUAUGUCUUGGCAGCAUGGCCAGUGAAGGUCCAAGAGCUCCUUUCGUCCCUCAGGAUUCCAGUGCUUGAGCCUGGGAAGAGCAUAGCCACCAUCCACCAUCUUAGACAGAGACACAGGGGACCCUCGAUCAAGAGGAGCUGGGCCACCCAGAAUGUCCUCUCUGUCUCUCAUCAGCCCUAAGGGAUUGUUUUUUUAGUUCUUAAAAUAUAUUUAUUGAGAUAAAAUUCACACAGCAUGAAAUUAACCAAUAUAAAGUGCAAAAUUAAAUGGGUUUAGUAUAUUCAUAAUCAAGUUCACUACAAUCUAAGUUCACAAUAUUUUCAUCACCCCCCACAAAAAAAAACACUUGGUAUGCAUUAGUGAUCACUACCCCAACCACACCCAAAGCAACCACUAAUCCACUUUCUGUCUUCAUUGAUAUUCCUAUUCCGAACAUUUCAUAUAAAUGGAACCACAUAGUAUGUGGCCUUUUGUUAUUUGCUUUGUUCAGUUAACGUAAUAUUUUUCAGGUUCAUCCAUGUAUAACAUGUAUCCUUUUUUUAAUAACAUGUAUCCUUACAUUACUCC